UGGCGAACGUGCGGGUUGCCGUGCGGGUCCGGCCGCUCAGCAAGAGGGAGACCAAAGAAGGGGGAAGAAUUAUUGUGGAAGUUGAUGGCAAAGUGGCGAAAAUCAGGAAUUUAAAGGUGGACAGUCGACCAGAUGGCUUUGGGGACUCCCGGGAGAAGGUUAUGGCGUUUGGCUUUGAUUACUGCUACUGGUCAGUCAACCCAGAGGAUCCCCAGUAUGCAUCUCAAGAUGUGGAACACACAGAAAUACGACCCUAGACCACUGUGGGAUUUGCUGUCACAGUGGGCCUCUUCUGUUAUUUUCAUCAGUUCCAGAACGUCAUAUAAAUGGAAUCAAACAGUUUUCCAGGAUUUAGGGAUGGAAGUACUGUCUGGAGUUGCCAAAGGCUAUAACAUAUGCCUUUUUGCUUAUGGACAGACAGGCUCUGGGAAGACAUAUACCAUGCUGGGGACCCCAGCCUCUGUUGGGCUGACACCACGGAUAUGUGAGGGUCUCUUCAUCAGGGAGAAAGACUGUGCCUCACUGCCUUCCUCCUGUAGGAUAAAAGUAAGUUUUCUAGAAAUCUAUAAUGAACGGGUGCGGGAUCUGUUGAAGCAAUCUGGUCAAAAAAAGCCCUAUACCCUGCGGGUCAGGGAGCAUCCAGAGAUGGGGCCCUAUGUACAAGGUUUAUCUCAACAUGUAGUUACCAAUUACAAGCAAGUAAUCCAACUCUUGGAGGAGGGAAUUGCAAACAGAAUCACAGCAGCCACCCAUGUUCAUGACGCCAGCAGCAGAUCCCACGCCAUUUUCACUAUCCACUACACGCAGGCAAUCCUGGAGAACAACCUCCCUUCUGAAAUGGCUAGCAAGAUCAACCUUGUGGACCUAGCAGGCAGUGAAAGAGCAGACCCCAGUUACUGUAAGGACCGCAUUACUGAAGGAGCCAAUAUCAACAAGUCCCUUGUGACUCUGGGAAUUGUCAUCUCCACCUUAGCCCAGAACUCCCAAGUUUUCAGCAGCUGCCAGAGCCUCAACAGCUCAGUCAGCAAUGGUGGUGACAGUGGAAUCCUUAGCUCUCCUUCUGGGACCAGCAGUGGAGGGGCACCCUCCCGAAGGCAGUCUUAUAUCCCAUACCGAGACUCUGUGUUGACCUGGCUGCUGAAGGACAGCCUUGGAGGCAACUCUAAAACCAUCAUGGUUGCCACGGUGUCUCCUGCACACACUAGCUACAGUGAGACCAUGAGCACACUGAGAUAUGCAUCCAGUGCCAAAAAUAUUAUCAACAAGCCACGAGUAAAUGAGGAUGCAAACGUAAAGCUGAUUAGAGAACUCAGAGAAGAGAUUGAAAGACUGAAAGCCCUGCUGCUGAGCUUUGAACUGAGAAACUUCGGUUCAUUGAAUGAUGAAAAGGAUGAAAACCUGAAGGAGCUGGUUCUCCAAAAUGAGUUGAAGAUAGACCAGCUGACUAAAGACUGGACCCAGAAGUGGAAUGAUUGGCAGGCCCUCAUGGAGCAUUACAGUGUGGACAUCAACAGGAGGAGGGCUGGGGUGGUCAUUGACUCCAGCCUACCACACCUGAUGGCUUUGGAGGAUGAUGUGCUCAGCACAGGUGUUGUGCUCUAUCAUCUCAAGGAAGGGACAACAAAAAUUGGAAGGAUUGACUCAGACCAGGAACAGGACAUUGUCCUGCAGGGUCAGUGGAUCGAGAGAGACCACUGCACUAUCACCAGUGCCUGUGGUGUAGUUGUUCUCCAGCCUGCCCGUGGGGCCCGCUGUACAGUCAAUGGCCGGGAGGUCACUGCCUCCUGCCGUCUGACCCAAGGAGCUGUCAUAACCCUGGGGAAGGCACAGAAGUUCCGAUUCAACCACCCAGCAGAGGCUGCUGUUCUGCGGCAGCGAAGGCAGGUUGGAGAGGCUGCUGCUGGUGGUGGCUCUUUGGAGUGGCUGGAUUUGGAUGGAGAUCUCACUGCCUCCCGGCUAGGUCUCUUCCCUUUGCUUUGGAAGGAAGGCAUUUUCCUAAGUUGGGAUCCCUCUACCACAUUACCACCUAUGCCUGACCCUACUCACCAAACAUCAGAGAAAACAUCAUCAGAAGAGUGUUUGUCACAGGCUGCUUCCUACCCUCCAAGGAUAGGGUGUCUCCGCAAGAACGGCCUGCAUUCCUCAGGCCAUGGGCAGCCCUGCACAGCCAGAGCAGCCUUGUCCAGGAAGGGAGCCUCAGCUCCAGACACUUGGCUCACCGUGAGUCCCAACUCUGUUGGCAUCCAGGACAUGGAGAGGGUGGGUAAGCAGCCCCAUCAGAUGGUGAUCCAGGGCUUAGCAUCUCUGAGGAAAUCAGCUAACAAGCUAAAGCCAAGGCAUGAGCCAAAGAUCCUCACCUCUACUACCCAGACCAGAGGGGCAAAAGGACUAGCAGACCCUAGCCACACACAAGCUGGGUGGCGAAAAGAAGGUAACCUUGGGACCCACACGGCUCCUAAGGGAGCCAGUUGCAAUUCCCCAUAUCCUCAUGGACCCAGGCAGACUGCUGGGCAUGGAAAGGCAGUCAAGACUUUUUGGACAGAAUACAAACCACCUUCUCUAAGCAGGGCAUCAAAAAGGCAUCAGAGGGUUCUGGCAGCUAGGGUCAGAAAUAUUACCAAAAAGUCCUCUCACUUGCCUCUUGGCAGUCCUUUGAAGAGACAACAAAAUACGAGGGACCUAGACACCAUGGCCCCACUCACAGAUUUUAGUCCAGUAGUGGAUCAUUCAAGAGAAGACAAUGAUUUUUCUGACUCAGAUAGCAACUACUCAGUGGAUUCUCUCUCGUGUGUCUAUGCCAAAGCGCUGAUAGAGCCGCUAAAGCCAGAGGACCCUCAGGACAGGAAGUGGGAUUUCCCAGAGCCAGAGAACUCUGAAAGUGACGACAGCCAAAUAUCUGAGGACUCACUGGCUGAGAAGAGGUACCAAAGCCCACAAAACAGGCUAGGGGGAAAUCAUCCCACCAACCACCAUGGCCACCCCAGGACCAGAGCUAGAGCUUCUGUGAGGGGCUUCACUGCACCCUCAGACAGUGACCUACUUGCUCAAACUCACAGGAGCUUCUCCUUGGAUAGCCUGAUUGAUGCUGAGGAAGAACUAGCGGAAGAUCAGCAAGAAGAACCUUUCCCUGGUUCAGCUGAUGAGAUACCCACAGAGACUUUUUGGCACCUGGAGGACUCCAAUCUGCCUGUAAUGGACCAAGAGGCAAUAUGCUGGCUUGGUCCCAUCAACUACAGAACAGCAGCUAGGCUGGAUGCCGUCCUGCCAAUGAGCAGUUCGUUUUACCUUGAUCCUCAGUUCCAACCCCGUUGUGAGCUCCCACCCCAUUGUGAGCAGGCAGAGUCACAGGGAGAGCCAAGCUACUCUGAACAGGCCAACUCUCUCCAAGGCAUGCAGCUUUCAAGAGAGAGCCCACUGAUGUCCAUGGAUUCCUGGUUUUCCUGUGAUUCUAAGAUCAACCCCAGCAGCCCCCCAGGAAUAGUGGGUUCUUUAUGUCCAAGUCCUGAUGUGCAGGAAUUUCACCACUGUAAGGGGGAGAGACCUGGAUACUGGCUAAAUACUGAGGAACUAAAGCCAUCAGAUGCAGAAACGGUUCUGCCAUAUAGCUCCAAACUGCACCAAGGCAGUACUGAGCUGCUCUGCAUUGCAAGAGAUGAGCACACAGCCUCUGCUUCUGAUACGUCGAGGCUGUCUCUCUGGGGAAUUCAAAAGCUUAUUCAACCAGGAGCUGAUGGCACUUUUCAGGGCAGAUGCAUCCAUGACACGACCCAGCAGGGCAGCUCUGAAGCAUCCCACAAUUCUAGUGUAUCAAACGUGCUGUCUGCCUCUGCCACCACAUUGACUCAUGUAGGCGGCACCCACGAAAGGGACUGGUCUGCCCUUCAGCAAAAGUACCUCCUUGAACUCUCUCGCCCUGUUUUGGAGGCCAUAGGAGCGCCCAGGCCAGCUUUCCCCUACCUUGAGGAAGACUCUGGUUCCCUGGCCCAAGCUUCUGGCGAAGGAGGAGAUACUCCAUUGCCAGUUGGCCCUAAGGUAUCUAGCAAUCUGAAUCUCAACAACUUUCCAAUCCAUCUGUCCAGAAUCAGGCGUUUGAGGGCAGAGAAAGAACAGGACAGUUUAAAUGCCAAAUUAGAAGGUGUUUCAGAUUUCUUUAGCACUAGUGAGAAAGAGGUGAGUUAUGACGAAACUUAUUCAGCAGACUUAGAAUCAUUGGCUGCCUCUCGAUCUACAAAUGCACAGUUCUUUGCAGUAGGGAACACGAUACCAGAUUCCAUGACAGAAGCAUGUGAAGUCAAGCAGAACAACUUGGAAGAAUGCCUUCAGAGUUGCAGGAAACCUGGACUGAUGACUUCCUCUGAUGAGUAUUUUUUCCAGAAGAACGCUUGUCACAGUAAUGUCACUACAGCCACGAAAGCAGACCAUUGGCCCCAAGGCUGGUCUCCUCUCAGGAAAAAUAGUGCAGUCCAGCCAGGGCAAUUAAGUCCUGACAGCCAGUACCCACUAGAGGAAGAGAAGACAGAUUGCCAGGAGAGCUCUAAGGAAGCAGUUAGAAGACACAUAAAUAUCUCCUUUGCCUUUCCUUCAGGUCCAGAGCUAUACCUUCACUCUGCUGCCUGGAAUCCAUUGUCAUCUUCCCUGCAGCCCCCACUCUUGGAAACAUUCUAUGUGACCAAAAGCAGGGAUGCCCUGACAGAAACUGCCUUAGAGAUUCCAGCUUGCAGAGAAGUAAGGGUACCUUCCCCACCCCCCAGGGAAGCCUGGGGCUUUGGUCACAACCGCCAAGCUCUCCAAGAUGCUUAUUUGAAGAAUAAUUUGCCAGUGCUGUUACAAAACCAGAAUUCUAAGGUUGCCUCAUCUCAGCAGGUCACAGCUGAGAUACCAGUAGAUCUGAAUACGGGGGAAGUCAUCAGAGAAUCAGGUAAAUGCCCUGGAAAUAUUACAGAAGAAAGCCGUGAUUCAGUUUAUUCUUCUGUUACUCAGAACAGACAUUUUCUCCCCUCUACCAGCACAAAAGUAUGUGAAUUUGAAAAUCAAGUUGGAAUUUUAAAUAAACACAGUUUUCCAGCACUUGAAGGAGGAGAGGUCACUGCUCAGUCCUGUUGCAGUGUUUCCUCAGACAGCACUGAGUCUGGGAAGCCUCUCCUCCUCUUUCUCGAAUCUGAGGCAUGUGAGGAAGAAGAGCUGGAUCAGAAUACAGUUCUGAGGCAGACCAUCAAUGUAGGCCUUGAGAAAGACUUGCCAUGGGAAAGUGCUGUUUCUUUGAAGUCCAGAUCAGUACAUCAUAGAGUAAGCAGCCCAGGGAUGGUGGCCCAGGAUGAGAGUCCAACCCCUAAGUGGGAAGGGAAAAAUGAAACUAGGCUUCUUGAAAAAGCUCUUCAUCCCAAAGAUAGCUCAGAAGAGUUUAAGCUUCCAGGCACAAAGCCUGCAUAUGAGAGGUUCCAGUUAGUUACAUGCCCUCAGGAAAGAAACCCUGGUGAAUGCAAGGGUCCCGGAAAGUCACAAGAAAUGUUAAAUCCCAACGGAGAACCUUCUGAAAAGAAACAGAAUAAAAGAGUUAAUAAUACUGAUGAAAUGGCUAGGCUAAUUAGGAGUGUAAUGCAGCUGGAAAAUGGCAUCUUAGAAAUUGAAUCUAAGCAGAAUAAGCAGGUUCAUGCUUCCCACACACCAGGUGUCAAUAAGGAGUCAGUGUUCCAGGACCAGAAGGAGCAGGAGAAGACUGACCAUGCCCUUAGGCCAGACAGCUCUGGAAACCUUUUGACCUCUAAGGAUCAGCCAUCUUCUCCAAGACAGACAGAUGCUACUGUCUUUAGGGAUAGUGAAGCUGGAGAGAUGGAGGUUAACAGCACUGGGAACCAUCCCCAGGUCCAGAAAAUCACCCUGAACCCCUUCAGGUCAAGGGAAGGUGUACAAGAGAGUGGACCUGUGAGAGAGCACACCCACCUAGCUGGAUCAGACAGACUUGCCAGGGAUAUUUUUGAGUCUUUAGAGAAACACACAACUUGCAGAGAGUUCACCAACACUUCUUUUCGCCCACAGAGAAUGAAAGCCUUGACUAGAGCUCUGCCAUUGCAGCCCAGGCUAGAGAGGUCUUCUGAGAAUAAUGGCCAGUUGGUAAAAGCAUCAGCAAGUCUCAAAGAGCAGCCUUGGGGCUUAGGAAGUCUUGAGGAAUUGGAGACUGUGAAAGGUUUUCAGGAAAGCCAAGUUGCUGAACACUUAAGUAGUUCCAACCAAGAGGAGCCAAAAGCUCAAGGUAAAGUUGAAGAAAUGCCUAUGCAAAGGGGACGCAGCCUACAGGAAGAAAAUAAAGUGACUCACAAACUUCCUAGUCUCAGCCAGCUUUGUAGGGACACAUUUUUCAGCCAGGAAACUAUCAGCCCGUUACUAAGCUGGACCGAAUUCUCUACAGCUCCUCCUCACCAAGACCUGAGUAAUACCUUGCCCUUGAAUUCUCCAAGGUGGCCAAGAAGCUGUCUUCAUGUACCUGGUGUUCUAGGCAUCUCUUCACUUGACUGUGUGCUGGAUCUCACAAUGUUGAAAAUUCAUAACAGUCCCUUGGUAACUGGAGUACAUCAUCAGGACCAGAGUACAGAGACCAGAGGCCACAGCCCUGAAGGAAAUGUUAGAGGGGGUUCCUCUGAGGCACACACUGCCUGGUGUGGGUCUGUGCGAUCCAUGGCCAUGAGAUCUCAUAGUCAAUCUGGUGUACCAGAGAGCAUUUCUCUGGGGACAGAGGACAAGAUCUCAGCAAGCACCAGCCCCCAAGACCAUGGAAAGGACCUCAGAAUCACCUUGCUGGGUUUCAGUACCAGCGAAGAUUUUGCUUCUGAAGCCGAGGUGGCUGUGCAGAAAGAAAUAGGAGUCAGUUCACUGAACAAGGUCUCUAGCCAGCCUGAAAAGAGGGUCAGCUUCUCCUUGGAAAAGGAUAAUGACCAAGCCAGCAAGCCAAGGCAGAAGGCAGAGAAGGAGACUGAGGACCUUGGACUGACCAGCAGUGUUUCCUUAGCACCUGUUUCCCUGCCGAGGGUGCCCAGUCUGGAGCCUAGGCUGUUGGAGCCCUCUGACUAUGCAUCCAUGUGUCUGGCCAUCUUGGAGGAGAUCAGACAGGCAAAGGCCCAGAGAAAGCAGCUUAAUGACUUUGUGGCCAGAGGCACAGUCCUUUCUUACUGUGAAACUUUACUAGAACCUGAAUGUCCUUCAGGGGUUGCUGGCGGGCCUCAGUGUAAACAAAUAGAACUGUCAUCAUCAGACCAGACCAGGAAUGAGGGUGAAGCACCGGGAUUUCAUGUGGCAUCUCUAUCUGCUGAAGCAGGGCAGACAGAUCUGUCAACUGAUGAGAGGAAAGUCCAGGCCACACCUCCGUCUGCAGACAGCUUUCAAUCUCUGCCCAAUACGGAAACUGACAGACAGCCGUGGGAUCCUAUGCAGGCUUUCUCCCAUGCUGCCCCUGCUCUAGACAAAAAACAUUGUGCUGGAGAACUGAGGCAGUUCGCGGGAACAAGUGAACCGUUUAUAUGUCACUCUGAUUCUUCUGAAAUCCUAGAGAAAAAGAAAGAUGCAACCAGAACGCCUUCCUCUGUUGAUCCUUUGGCCCCAGACAGUCUUCUUUCUUCAGCAUCUGUGGAGGGGGUCAGGAGGGUAGUAUCAAAGCAGGUAGUGGCUGCCUUAUCUUCUCAGGCCCCUUGUGAUGAUCCUAGAGUGACUCUGCAUGAGCUAAGUCAGUCAGUUCCGCAGGAGACCGCAGAGGGCAUACCCGCUGGCAGUCAGGACAGCAGCCCAGAGCAUCAGGAACCCAGAGCUCUAAACACCACAUAUGGAGAAGUUUCAGGUAAUUCGUUAGUGACUGCACAGGAAGAAAAAACAGCCCAUUUUGAAAGUCAGUCUGUGACCUGUGAUGUUCAGAAUUCUACAAGUCCCUCAGGGCCUAAGCAAGACCAUGUCCAAUGCCCUGAGGCUUCCACUGGCUUUGAAGAAGGUAGGGCAAAUCCCAAACAAGAUACCGUUCUGCCUGGAGCUCUGACAGGGGUUGAACUGGAAGCUCCCACACAGCAGUGUGUGAAGUGGAAGGAGAGUGUUGGGUCUGGGUUGACAGAAAUCUGCAGGGCUGGCAGCAAACAUUCCAGACCAACUCCACUGCCAGAUCAAAGACCAAGCCCAAAUCCUGAGGGAAUUGGAGAGGGAGCCCCAUGCAGAUAUCCAAGGGAAGCUUUACAUGGCCCUGUCUUCUCAAGGAACCCUGAAGGCAGCAGGACUCUCAGUGCGUCUAGAGGAAAAGAGAGCAGAACUCUUCCUUGCCGACAGCCGUGCAGUUCUCAACCUGUUGCUACUCGUUCUUAUUCCUGCCAUUCCUCUACUUUACUGUGUUGUAGGGGUGGUGACCUGGGGAAGGAGCCUUUCAAGGCUGCUCUACGUACUGUCUACCCACCCUGUGGAGUACCUUCUAGGGUCUAUGAAAUGGAUGAGACAGGAGAGACCUCUUCUAGGGGACCUGAUGUGCUCUUGACACAUGGCCUUGAGCCCAAAGAUGUUAAUAGGGAAUUUGGUAUAACAGAGAGCAGCACUUGUGAGCCCUCUACUGUGGCUGCUAUCCUAUCUGGGGCUCAAGGCUGCAGAUCCCCUUCUGCCUCUGAUGUGAGGAGGACAAGUUCCUUCAGCCACUCAGCUACUGAUGGAAGCUUAGGAUUAAUAGGCGCUCCUGAGAAAAAGGUUGCUGAGAACCAAGCAAGCACAGAACUUGAGGCUACCUCUUUCCCUGCAGGCAUGUACUCUGAGCCACUGAGGCAGUUUAGGGACAGCUCUGUAGGUGACCAGAAUGCACAGGUGUCUCAAACCAGUCCAGAACCACCUGCAACAACUCCGGGACCACACACCCUGGAUUUAAGUGAAGGGUCUGUGGAGAACAAGUUGGUGGCAGAGCCACGACAUGAAUGUUUUGAAAAUACCACCAGAUGUUUUUUGGAAAAGCCACAAUUUUCCACUGAAUUGAGAGAUCACGAUUGCUUGGAUUCCCAAGCCAAGUUUGUAGCAAGGUUAAAACAUACCUGCAGCCCCCAGGAAGACAGUCGCUGGCAGGAAGAAGAGCAGCACAGAGACCAGGCUUCAGGUGGUGGUGAAGGCUUCACCCAGGGUAUGAAUCCGCUUCCUUCUGAUGAAGGUGGCUUAGAUAGCUGUCAGAUUUUAGAUAUUAGGAGACAGGAGGUGGCUGUGGCCAAGCCUCCUGUGUCCAAGAUUUUAUCACAGGGCUUCAAAGACCCAGCCACUGUGUCCUUGAGGCAAAAUGAAACACCACAGCCUGUUUCUCAGGGGCCUGGCAACCUCUAUACUGGCAGAGAGCAGCCAGCCCUCAACCACAGGGGCUCACUUCCCGUGACUGCAAUCUUCUCUGGCCCCGAACGCUCCAAGUCCUCCCCCACACCACAGAUCUCAGUUGUCAGCUCUUCUCGUUCUCUUCAGGAGCUAAACUUGAGUGUGGAGCCUCCUUCCCCUACAGACGAAGAUACACAGGGGCCUGACAGAUUGUGGAACCCACACCUCAGGGGCUAUUCCACAGGAAAGUCAAUGGCAAGAACAUCUCUGCGGGCUGAGGACAGCAAUCAGAAAGCCUCAUCUCACUUGGAUGAUGGCACUACUGAUCACAGGCCCCUGAAGCCUGCCACCCCUCCUUAUCCAGUGCCUUCUACCCUCUCACACAUGCCAACCCCUGAUUUCAUGACCAGCUGGAUGUCUGGUACUUUGGAACAGGGCCAACAGGGAAAGCCAGAGAAACUGGGUGUCCAGGUUAGGCCAGAAAAUUGGUGCUCUCAGAUGGACAAAGGAAUGCUGCACUUUGGCUCCAGUGACAUCAGUCCCUAUGCCCUGCCCUGGCGUCCAGAGGAGCAUGCACGUAUCGGCUGGAAGCAAUAUGUUUUUGGCAGUACGGUCGAUGUUUCCUGUAGCCAGAAACCCCAGGGCCUGACACCAUCAAAUGUGGCCCGGUGCUCCAGCAUGGACAAUGGCCUAGAAGACCAGAACUCCCCCUUACACUCUCACCUCAGCACUUAUGCCAAUAUUCGCGAUCUGUCAACCACACACAGCAGCACUGAGAAUGCCCAAGGUUCAAAUGAGGCCUGGGAAGUAUUCCCAGGGAGUUCUUCAGUUUCUUUAGGAGACCCCCACAUCCUGACGAGCUCUGAAGGAGUAGCCCCCACUUUAGGUCAUGACAGAAGACCCCAGUUCAGGGGCCCUUCUGGUGAAGCAGACUGUCUUAGGAGUAAGCCCCCCUUGGCUGAAGGAAGUGCUGCAGGUCCAGCGGAUGAGAUUAUGCUGCCAUAUCCAUCAGGGGCAGGCUGCCCUGUGGGACAGACCAGGAUGAACAUAUUCGAACAGGGCACACAGACCCUCGGCAGCAGGUGCCACCAGAGCAGCACUGACAUCUCCUUUGCUCAGCCUGAAGCUACUGCGGCAUCAGCCUCUGAUCUGGCCUCAUGGACCAGCAUGCACAAUCUGUCUCUCCACCUCUCACAGCUCCUGCACAGUACCUCAGAGCUGCUUGGGAGUCUCUCCCAGCCAGGUGUGGCCAGAAGGGAGCAGAACACCAAGAGGGACAUCCCAGAUAAAGCCCCACAGGCCCUGAUGAUGGAUGGCUCUACUCAGACCACUGUGGAUGAAGGCAGCCAGACUGACCUCGCCUCACCCACCCUGCGCCUCCAGGCUUCAGAGGCCGAACCUCAGGGGGCCAAUGUGAUCCUUGAAGGGCUGGGUUCACAUACCUCAACUCUGUCUCAAGAAGAGGGCGAUGUGCCAGGGGUAGCUCAGAAGAGAGAGGCAGAGGAAACAGCACAGAAAAUGGCACAGCUCCUGUAUCUUCAGGAAGAAAGCACUCCCUACAAGCCCCAGAACCCUUCAACACCCUCAUCCCACUUGAGGUUUCAGAAAGCCCCGCUUAGGCAGCAUCUUCCUUCUGUGGGCCCCUCAGUUUCUGAUGCUUUCCUGCCUCCCAGCUCCCAGCCAGAGGAGUCGUCUUGCAUAGCUGUCAGCAGUCCCAGUCCCAGCCCCUGUCAUUCCCCAGGGCUUCUUCCCAGUACUUCCGAGUACCCUGGGGACCCUAGGGUCCAGAAGAAGCUGGGUCCCACCAGCGCUUUGUUGGUGGACAGGGCCUCCUCCCCAAUCCUCACUCUUAGUGCCAGCACCCAAGAGCUGGGUCUUCCCCCAGGCUCUUUGACCCUCUCAGCCCCUUCAGCUCACCCUGUUGAAGGCCACCAGAAGCUUGACUCCAGCCCAGACCCUGUUGGUGCCCCGAGGACUCCGAUGGAUAAUUAUUCCCAAACCACUGAUGAGUUGGGCGGCUCCCAGAGAGGUGGAAGUGUGUUACAGAGGAGUAACGGGAGGUCCUUCCUUGAGUUACACUCCCCGCACAACCCACAACAGAGUCCAAAACUCCAAUUUAGUUUCUUAGGGCAGCACCCUCAGCAGCUUCAGCCCAGUACCACGAUUGGGGUCCAAAGUAGACUGCUGCCACCACCACUGAGGCACAGGAGCCAGACGCUGGCCGACAGCUUUGUGCCUGAGGAGGUGGCUUCCCCGGAGCGUGGCCCACUGAGCGGUAAGGAGCCAAGUCAGUGGCGGAGCAGGACAGAAAAUGGAGGUGAGAGUUCAGCAUCUCCAGGGGAACCACAACGCACUCUGGACCGACCUUCUUCAUGUGGAGGCCUCCAGCACCUCAGCCCCUGCCCUGUCUCUGAGUUGACUGAUACUGCAGGGCUCCGAGGUUCCGCCUUGGGCCUCCCUCAGGCCUGCCAACCCGAGGGGUUACUGUGCUCCAGUUGCCAGAUGUGCAUGGCCCCUGAGCCCCAGCACCACAGUCUGAGGGACCUCCCGGCGCAUAACAAAUUUAGUAACUGGUGUGGAGUUCAGAAGGGCAUGGACAUGACUGAGGAGGAGCUGGGGGCCAGCGGUGAUCUCAGCUCUGAAAAGCAGGAACAGAGCACCCCACAACCUCCUAAUGACCACAGCCAGGACCCUGAGUGGUCCCAGAGGGAGCAGAUCCCCCUGCAAGUUGGGGCCCAGAACCUCUCACUCAGCGUGGAACUCACAGAAGCGAAAUUGCACCACGGCUUUGGGGAGGCCGAUGCCCUGCUCCAGGUGCUGCAGAGUGGGACAGGGGAGGCGCUUGCUGCUGAUGAACCUGUGAUAUCCACCUGGAAGGAGCUCCAUGCACGGCAAAAAAAAGCCAUUGAGACCCUCAGGAGAGAGCGGGCUGAGCGACUUGGGAACUUCUGCCGGACGCGAAGCCUUAGCCCGCAGAAACAACUGAGCCUCCUGCCCAACAAAGAGCUCUUCGUCUGGGAUCUUGACUUGCCCAGCCGACGCCGAGAAUACCUGCAGCAACUGAGGAAGGAUGUUGUGGAAACCACCAGGAGCCCAGAGUCGGUGUCAAGGUCGGCUCAGCCACCCUCUGACAUAGAGCUGAUGCUGCGAGACUACCAGCAGGCCCAUGAGGAGGCCAAGGAGGAGAUUGCCCGGGCCCGAGACCAACUGCGGGAGCAGACUGAACAAGAGAAGCUGAGAAUCCACCAGCAGAUCGUUUCCCAGCUGUUGAGGGAAGAGGAUAAACUACAUACCUUGGCCACCUCCAGCUCCCUGUGCACCAGCUCUAAUGGAAGCCUCUCAUCUGGUAUGACCUCUGGCUAUAAUAGCAGCCCAGCCUUGUCAGGCCAGCUCCAGGCCCCAGAGAAUGCGGGGUACACAAACUUGCCUGAUUCCAGGGAUGUAUGGAUAGGGGAUGAGCGAGGAGGCCUUUCUGCAGUGAGGAAGAACUCCGCCUACGGCCGCAGAGCCUCCCUGGGCAGUUGCUGCUGUUCACCAUCCAGUCUGUCCAACUCGGGGACCUGCUUUUCCUCCUCCUAUCAGGAUUUGGCCAAGCACGUCGUGGACACUUCUAUGGCUGAUGUAAUGGCUGCUUGUUCGGAUAAUUUGCACAACCUCUUCAGCUGCCAGGCAACAGCUGGCUGGAACUACCAGGGUGAGGAGCAGGCGGUGCAGCUUUACUACAAGGUGUUUUCUUCCACUCGGCAUGGCUUUCUGGGGGCAGGUGUGGUGUCCCAGCCGCUGUCUCACGUGUGGGCGGCUGUCAGUGACCCCAGUCUAUGGCCCCUGUAUUACAAGCCCAUCCAGACAGCAAGGCUGCAUCAGCGAGUGACCAACAGCAUCAGCCUGGUGUACUUGGUGUGCAAUACUACCCUGUGUGCAUUGAAGCAGCCGCGGGAUUUCUGUUGUGUCUGCGUAGAAGCCAAAGAGGUGCCUGCCUUGGUGGUAAAGAUGUUGUGGGAAGAACUUGGGCUGAAGUGUCAUGAGAAAAUCUAUGUGGGCAUCAGGUCCUUUAGGGGAAGGAGGGCAAGUUGGGGCUGGAGCCAGAGUAGGGGUGACUUGAAGGCUGGCCCAGUGUUGCCUUUCACCAUACUGUCUACACGGGAGCCUGUUCCUGUUUUGUCCACACCACACAGGCAGACUCCCACUUCCCUCUGUCCGCAGGGUCACCUGUCUGUCAUGGCAGCCCAGUCUGUGUAUGAUACAUCCAUGCCAAGACCCAGCAGAAAAAUGGUUCGCGGGGAGAUCCUGCCCAGUGCCUGGAUCUUGCAGCCUGUCACUGUGGAAGGGAAGGAAGUCACCAGAGUCAUCUACUUGGCCCAGGUGGAACUUGGUGCUCCAGGCUUCCCACCUCAGCUCCUGAGCUCUUUCAUCAAACAGCAGCCACUGGUAAUAGCCAGACUGGCUUCCUUCCUUGGUAGCUAGCAUCUCACCAUCAAGAUGGUGCUGCUGAGAUGCAGGCCCAGGCUGCUCAAGAGAGACACUGUGGCAGCUCCUUGUUACUUUCCAUACCCCAGUGCAGGAAAAGCUGAUGCUACCUGCUGUGGCCGACUGGGGCAGACAGCACUGGCCCACGGAUGCCAGCAAAGCCCGGUCAGUACUUGGUCACAGCUGGCACCAGUGCAGAGCAAACGGCCUGAGCUCCUGGCCCAGGCUAUCCAGAGUGAAUGCAGCUCAGCUCCUUUUGAAUUUCUCACCUUUCUUUCCUGUUUCUGGGACUCUGCAGCAAAGAGGCCACUUAAGGACUGGGACUGGGCACAGCCAGCAGAGCCAGGGGACUGCAGUGCUUUGGCAAGGUGCUUCUGCAGGCUGGUAGGGAAGCAGGCAGCCACUGGCCAAGACUCUGCUCUGAAUCUACCUCCAGCAUUCAGCUCUACUGUGUGAUGGGACGUUAAAAAUACCAAAACAGAAAGAGGGUUCAAAAAACAGCUGCACAAACCAGAACACGGAUUCAGAAUCUUUUCUCCCUCUUGAAUUUUUGCAAAAUACUUUCUUAUUGAUUUUUGUUUUGUUUUUUUUUCCUCCCUUUCUCUCCCAGGAGAAGACACUUGGGUCUUGGCAUGAGUCGGGGUGUUGAGCGACGAUGCUCUGAUACGGAGCCGUCACUCUAGAGCUCGGUCAGAUGGAAGACACUGUAGAACCAGGUUGGACAGAUUUGGGGUCAGGGUCGGGGGCUGAGCUCUUUUGAGGACUUGUGGGAGCGGCAGCCAGAUGCUGGUUGCUGACAAGGCAAGAGGAAUUUCAGAGAUUAAACAUUGUCCUUUGAGGGAGAGGAGGUGAAUGAACUCCCAGAGGAGGGGAGUGGCUCGUUGGGAGGAAGCUCAGUUCCAGAACUGACCUCAGUGCACUUGGGAGGCGUGAAGUCCUGAGCAUUCCAUGAUUUCUGCUCUGGCCCCACCUAUCCUAGGAUGGGAUUGGAAGGGAUGGAGAGUGGGUUCGGUGUUCUUGUACUUUAGUCUGGCUGAACAUGAACUCUGAAUAUUCUGUUUACCUGGAAGUGGCAGGAGUGGGAAAGAUUCUCAUCUUUAGUUCUCGUGCCCAAAAUCUUUGGUAGAUGGAGGGUAACUGGGGAUUCAGAAGAUGUGGUAGAAGGUGUAUUUCUGUAUAGUGUGGCAAAGAUGUAUUUUUCUGAAGUGUUGGCAGGGCAUUUUUCCCUCUUACCUCAGACUAAGUUAUUUAUAUAUUGUUGAUUGAAGGUUUUUUAAAAUUGCUUUUAAACUUCUUUUUCUCGGGUAAAUUUUUUUUGGUGACAUGAUAUAUUUAACACCCUAUUUAUAUACUCCUUCCUCUUUUCAUAUAAAUCUCUUACUAAGACUACUGACCAAAAAAGUCAGAACAUUUUUAAAUUGAAA